AUGAAUACAUCUUUUCCAAAAAUGUCAACUUCUUCGUUAAGUCAAAUUCCCUCUUAAACAAAUUUCUAUGAAUCAAGUCCAUUGUCAUCAUAUUCAAUAAAAUAGUAAAGUUCAAAUGAGAAUUUUAAAGUGGUUGUAAGGGUUCGACCUCCUCUUUAAAGAGAAGUAAUAGAUGGAAGAUUUAUAUCUACGAUUUAAGUUUCACCAGAUCAUAAAAAAAUUUGUUUAUACGAAUAUUACAAUAUUGAUUUGGUGGAACCUGAGCAUUUAGAGGAUUAUCUAAAUAAUCCAAAUAGUUAUACAAUGCACACUUUUUCAUUUGAUUAUGUUUAUGAUUAAGAUAAUACAUAAGAAGAAGUUUAUGAAAAUACAGCAAGAAAUGCAGUAUAAUCAACACUAUAAGGUUUUAAUGCAACAAUAAUGGCUUAUGGAUAGACAGGAACUGGUAAGACUUAUACAAUGGAAGGAUUUAAAUAUAAUUGUAUUGAUCCAUAAAGAGGAAUAAUUCCAAGAGCAAUAGAGGAAAUAUUUAAACAUAUAUCAAAUGGAUCAAAUGAAUCAACUACUUUUAUGGUUAGAGUUAGUUAUUUAUAAAUUUAUAAUGAAGUUAUAAGUGAUUUAUUGAGGAGCGAUAGAUAAAAUUUGCUUAUAAGAGAAGAUAAAAAAAGAGGAGUAUUUGUAGAAGGAUUAUCAGAAUGGGCUGUUCGUAAUCCUAAUGAAAUAUACUCAUUAAUUUAAAAGGGAGCAUCAUCAAGAGCAACAGCUAGUACUAAAAUGAAUGAUGUUAGUAGUAGAUCACAUGCUGUGUUUAUAAUUAUUGUAGAAUAAAUGACAGAAAUAGAUGGUCAUAAAUCAAUUAAAGUAGGAAAAUUAAAUUUAGUAGAUUUAGCAGGUAGUGAAAGAGUAAGAGUAACAGGAGCUACAGGAAGAAGAUUAGAAGAAUCUAAAAAAAUUAAUUAAUCUUUAAGUUGUUUAGGUAAUGUUAUUUCUGCAUUAAUUGAAUAAAAAACACAUAUUCCUUAUAGAGAUUCUAAAAUUACUCGUUUAUUAGAAGAUUCAUUAGGUGGUAAUUGUAAAACUACUAUGAUGGGAAUGAUUUCACCAGCUAUUGAUGCAUUUCUUGAAACUUUAAGUUCAGUUAAAUUUGCUAAUAGAGCUAAAAAUAUUAAAAAUAAAGCUACUAUUAAUGAAGAUGUUGAUUAAAAAGCACUUUUAAGAAAAUAUGAAUGUGAAUUAUAAAGAUUAAGAAAAGAACUUUUAGAAAAAAAUAAAACUCUUGUUGAUUCAACUAAAUUAAGUUAAUUAGAAGAAGAUAAAAAAAAGGCUGAAUAAGAUAAAAAUGCUGCUAUGGCUGCACUUGAAGCUAGAAGCAAAUAAUUUUUUAUUGAAAGAGAAGAAAAAAAAAAAUUAGAAGAAAAAAUUAGAUAAAUUAAUAGCCAAAUGUUAAUUGGUGGUUGUAAUAUAGAAAAUAGUCCUAUUUUUAGAAAUGCUAUUGAAGAAUAAUAAAAACUUAUUAGAGCAUAAUAUGAGAAAAAAAUUAGUGAUUUAGAAAAAGAAAGAUCUUAGAUGGAAGAAGAUAAAGUUUAAGUUGAUAGAUAUAAAUAAUUAACUUUAAAAUAAAGAGAUAUCAUGAUUGCUUUAACUACUAGAUUAAAUGAAAGAGAUGAAACUAUUGUACAAUUAUAAGAUGAAUUAGAUGCAUAUGAUAGAAUUCAUAGAGAAACUGAAACCAUGUUAGAUUAGAAGAUAUAAAGAAUUAUGUAAUUAGAGGAUCAUAUAAAUUAAAUGGGUUAAAAUGUUCCAAACAUUUAGUAGGUGUAAAAAAUGAAAUAGAGUAAAAUUAAAGAUUGUGUAACUUAGGAUGGGUAUGAUACAUACAAUAUUACAAAAGAGAAUUUACAAGAUUAUGAAUGCUAGAUUGAAUAGUUAAGUUUAAUAAAUCAAGAAUAAGAAGAAGAAAUUAUUAGAUUAAAGAAUUAGAUUGAGAGUUUAAGUAAUUCAAACACGAUGGAUUAUGUAAGAUGUAAUUUAUAAUAUAUGAUAAUAAGGUUCUGUUGAUAACAUUAUAGAGGCAUUGUCUUAGCCAAAUGAUGGAUUUAAAUUGCAGAAUGUUGCUAAAGAUUUGAUUACCCUUUAGAAAAUACUUUCAAAUGAUCAACAAACUAAUGGGAUAGCGUUUUCAAAUAUAUAGAAUACAGUAUAUUCAAGGAAAGAGUCACCAUAACCAAGUUAUAAAUCUAAGAAAUCAAUAAAUAAUUGUUAAAAUUAAGAUGAAGGUGAUGAACCUCCAUAGUUAAAAAAUUUCUAUACAUUUUCCAAGUACAUAAUUAAUAAAAAUUAGUAAAUCAUAAUCAUCAUCGAUGAAGAAACAAAAAGAUCUAUCUUUACCGAAACCUCAGAUAAAUGUUUAAGAAAUCAUAAAAAUGAGAGAAGUAAAGAGAAACCUCUAUUCUUGA